AUGGUGUUGCCGACGCUACGAGAGAGCCUGCUGGAUGCCAGCGACGAUCUUGAUGUCAUCACGAAACAGAUGCUCGAAUAUCUGUUGGAUCACGAGAAGAAAACGCACAACGAGGAAUCGAUCAGCCAUCUCGCCCAACUCUUUGAAACGAAACAGGCUGAGAUCAAGAAAUUGCUGGACAAAGUGAGUGCCUAUCAGAAACGAGCCGCCUUGAUUGAAGAACUCGAGAAAUGCGUGGAGAACAGGGACAUGAUCAUUCAAAAAGUCGAGGCCGAUCUGAAGUGCGCGGAUUCGUUAUUGAUGCACAUGAUAUUCCAAGCAAAUGAGCGGUUGAAGACGAUGAAAGCUGCAGAGGAACAACCAGUGAACACCGAACAAGUCAUUCAAAUGGCCCAUCAGAUUUCGAAGGGUUUCUCGGUGGCUUCUCCAUUGAAUUGGCAGCAGGGCGACGCAUCGAGGCCAUUCCCUACAGAAGUCGAGUUGAAGAUUGGACACUUAUCAGCGCCGAGAACUACCGGAUUGCCUCCAGUUGGACCAACUCUUGGAAUGAGGCCACAAACGACACCAACUGGCAGAGGAGCAGGACAAAGAACGGUGCCCGUUUCUCCGUUAGCUUCGGGAUAUACAACACAGCGAAGUUGGAGUCCACGAACGGCUGGGUUUGGAGAAUCACCAAGAACAAUACGAAAUGGAAUGGGGUCCGCCAUGCCAACACCGAGACCUGUUGGCACUUCACCAUUCGAUAGUCGACGAACGAGCACAAGUAGUGAUAUUCGAGUCUCGUUCACUUCUCCCCCACAGCCUACGAGAAAUAUGCUGGCACCCGUCAGCAACAUUGGGCAAAUCAGCAGUGAUUCUUCUUCAUCAUCGAGUAGCGACGAUGAAACUCGGCGU